AUGCCAUCUAUCCCCCAUGCUUCUCUCCCCGAGUCCUAUCAUCUUGUUAGAAUGAAUACUAUGCCGAAUGGACUGACCGGAGGUCCACCUGAAGGACCACUAAACAUGGAGCAUACAAGUCCAAAGCAGGGACAAGCGAUCUUGAUAUGGGCAGCCGGAGCAUUCUGCAUCUACGGUUGGGAAUUUCUUGUAUGCUUGCCAAAAGAGCGUUCGUUGAUUUGGAGCCGGCCAAAGAAUUGGUUCAGCAUUUUGUACAUAGCCAACAGAUACUUCGGGCUUAUCCAAUUUGCGUUAGUUGUAUCAAUGUCAACUGACGUCUGGUCUACUUCCGCGUGUCGUCGGAUUUAUCUCUUAGAGCCUAUCGGCGGCCUCGUCAGCAUUGUCCUCUCUCAGAUGAUUCUUGGAGCGAGAGUAUAUGCGUUAUUCUCCCAAAGCAAGCUGCUGGCACUCAUCCUUGUAUCUAUCCUCGUUGGAGAAAUUGUUAUUGGUGCUAUCGCGACUAGUGGUAUCAAUCCUCCACCGACAAUACCACUUGGGAUCCCAGGACUACCUCCCGAUUUUCAACCUCCCCCCUGUGGGGCGCUUUCUGGACAGUUUAAAUGGCAGGUCACCUAUUGGACAGUACCACUAUUCUACGACACUUUGGCGUUCGUGUUGACCGCAUGGAAGGCACAUGGUCUUUGGAGAGAGCAAUUGAACACUCGAUUAUUCGACAUAAUUUGGCACGAUGGCUUGUUGUACUUUUUUGCUAUACUUACCAUGAAUAUUGUCAACGUGAUUAUCUUUCUCGCUGCCCCCACGGGAAUACGCGAUGUUAAUCUUGCUCCGACGAUAAUGUUGGAGAUCAUCCUAUCCUGCCGGCUAGUCCUCAAUUUGAGGGACACACAUAAUCAGUCCCAAUACACUUCCAGAGUGCCGAAGAGGCGUACCACUUUGAUAUCACCAGUAAAAUCUGUGCGAUGGGAGUCAUCAGCAAUAACUGGUAGUCAGAAUUCGAACCAAUUGGAGACACCGGAAAUUAACCUAGAAGUAUAUGGGAAAGUCCCAACAUCCAAGGAAAUAGUCUUCAACAUAGACGCCACUCAUUCUGUAUAA